AUAACCGCUUUUAACGGAUGCAGAUAUUCUCUAUAUAAACAAAUACGGACGGUAAUCAAAAUUUCAGUAAUCCAUUUACAGCCCUACAAAAGGGUUCAAAAUUAUCAUCAUCAUGAUUUAUCUUCACACUUAAACUUGCAGAUAAAACCAAGCAAAUCAACAGUUAUUGUGUAAUUAUAUUCAUUUCCCACCAGAUUUACCGGCCCACCGUGUACAAGUUUUCACAAGUUCUCUCUCUCUCUCCCUGUUAUUCUCCUCCCAAACAGAAGAUCACAGAGAUGCGGUUUCGCGAUUAAUUAAUUCGUUACUUCUAACGGCCGUAUGGGACGGCGGCGGAGAAUGACGGCGCUAAUACUGUCGAUCAUCUCCCUCGGAUUGCUCCUCACCGCUUACAAUUCCGUCAUGAUCGCCGCUCCAUUCAGAACGGCCGGCCGUGUGGGGAGCGUAAAAACCGGGAACCCGAAAUUCCACGUCGCCGUCACGGCGGAGAGCACGGCUUACUGUAAAUGGCAGCUCCGGAUCAUGUACUACUGGUACUUGAAGCACAAGGAUUUGGGCGGGUCGGAUAUGGGGAAGUUCACCAGAAUUCUCCAUUCGGGUGCUCCGGAUAAUCUCAUGGAUGAAAUCCCCACCGUCGUCGUCUACCCCCUCCCCCAAGGCAUGGAUUUGAAUUAUGUGGUGCUCAAUAGACCGUGGGCGUUCAUUCAAUGGCUCGAGAUUGCUACCAUCGAUGAAGAGUACAUAUUGAUGGCAGAGCCGGACCACAUUCUGGUCAGGCCGCUGCCCAAUUUGGCGUCCGGGGAAAGCCCGGUGGGCUACCCUUUUUUCUACAUCGACCCUUCGAAGCACGAACGAAUCAUGAGGAAGUUCUAUCCCGCGGAAAAAGGUCCCCUGACCGACCUUGACCCCGUUGGGAACUCUCCCGUGAUCAUCAAGAAGGACUUGCUGAAGAAAAUCGCGCCGACAUGGCUCAAUGUUUCCGUUCUAAUCAAAUAUGAUCAUGAAGCCGAUAAAGCUCUGGGUUGGGUUCAAGAAAUGUACGGAUAUGCCAUUGCUUCUGCUCUACACGGCGUGCGGCAUACUUUGCGCGAAGAUUUUAUGAUACAGCCUCCAUGGGAUUUGGAAAUGGGAAACAAGUUCAUUUUACACUAUACAUACAGGUUGGACUACACAAAGGGUGAGCUGACUUUUGGGAUCAAUGGAGACUGGGGAUUUGACAAAAGAACGUAUCUCCACGCCGCUCCUCCUAGAAAUCUCCCGUUGCCUCCUCCCGGGAUACCCGAAAGCGUGGUGACUCUAAUGAAGAUGAUAAAUGAAGCCACAGCUGACCUUCCUGGUUGGGAUUCAAUGAAGUGAACUCUCAUAAAAGUCUAGCAUAUAU